AUGCCUCGGCCUCCUCGCCUGCCACGCUCGUCGCGGCCACGCCACAACAACCAGAACCGACCUUCGGCAAUCACGGAGUAUCACCCAUGUGGAAUCCUCCGUCAUGGAAGCUACGAAGUUAUUGGAGGCCAGAAGAUCGGCUUCCCCGACAGAAUCGAGACUGACUUUGUCGUCAACCCUGGUGGCAGUGGCCGUGCAUAUGUCGGGAUCCGUUUCCGCUUCCCGCGGCACUUGGAGAACCAGUCCUUUUCUGGGACUGAAGACGUAUUUUCGAUAGUUCUGAGAUUCCCGGCUGGAACAUUCUGUAUGUCCAUCGAGAAUCUUUCUCGAGGUACCUUCGAUUUGAUCUUGCCGCGCGAAGAGACCAACGACCUAGCUAUCAUCAACCUCAGCCUCGGUGAUGGCCAGACCGCCUCAGUCGAUGGUAUUGGACCGGCACUCCGUGAAGAGACGGAUCUCAUUGACAGCUACAUUAACUUGAACCAGGAAGUUCAAGGCUGGAAGACCAUGCGCGACAUCUUCAGCCAACGUCAGUUUCGAAUUCUGGCGAGGCGUGGGGUUCAGUCGUGUUAUCAUCAUUGGGAUUUAAGCCGCUAUAACCAUCAGAUUCCGGCCAACUCCAGUAAGACGCAGUAUCCAGAAAGGUUCGAGUUCGACAACCCCGAAGAUGCCCUCACAACCAUGACCCAGUCUGUGGUCCAAGAUGCGUACUGGUUUUACGUCGACGUUCGAGAGAUCCGAAGCAUUCGGCAGUGCGCCUUGUUCUUGAAACAAGGUUCUCGCUCAACUGAGGACACCGACUCCUUCUUUGUCUUGAUGACAUUGACACCUGAUAUUACGACUCGUUUCAGCAAAUCCGUCAAGCGCAUCACCAAACUCGGCCGCACGGUACGAAUCUCGUUCAGAAAGCCCCCAGCCCCAGGCACAAGGAGAAGAGACGGUAUGGUGGACAGAGACGAUCUCUUCUGGGAGGGUAUAAUCAGACCGACCUAUGCUGCCCAGAUCAAACACAAGCACAGUCUGGUACUUCACGCAAAGCGCCCGUCCAACCCGGAAUCAGCUGCAUUUGCUAUCCGCGACUACAAGAUCAAGACUUGGUCACCAGAGUCUGAGUCAGACGACUAG